AAGUUACCCAUUUAAUUGAGCGCUAAUGUACCUCCAAAUUCGUAUUCUGAAAACUCUGUUAGCGCUCAAUUAAGUCCCUUUAGGCCACUCCCCACUAAAACUGGUUUGACCAAUCAGACGCGCUCUUACAAUGUAGAAUCGUCUGCUUUACGCGCUGCGUCUUUCCCGUGUACAGACACCGCGGUGCGGUUACCCUGUUGUUGUUGUACUGUGUACAAAACGCGUUGAACAUACACAAGGAUUAUCUAUUACACUCACGGGUAUGACCUAUCGUCAUCUCUCUCUUCUUUCCGCUGCAUUCUCCGUCGGUUUACAUAGUGUUUCAACAAAAAAGCUUCUUUUUGCAAGGUUUCGAUCUCAUGCAGUUAUGCCGAAAGAAAAGUCAAAAACCAACAGGAGAAGUGAGAAUUUCACUCAAGAUGAGAUAGACAUCCUGAUUAGAGAGUGCAUAUCAAGAAAAGGGACUCUUUGUGACCCCAUCAGUGCAAAUUUGACACAUAGUAUGAAAAUGCAAGCAUGGAACAAUAUUUCAGAGGCAGUUAGCUACGCUGCCGGAAACCAGCGAUCCGUCGAGGAGCUGAGGGUCAAACUUAGCAACCUAAAAUCCACUGUCAAAAAGGCCUACAACAAACGGAAGCGAUUGAUGGGGGGUACUGGAGGUGGACCACCACCCGCUCCUCUCGAGCAGUGGCAAGAUUUGUUGAUCGAUUUUAUGGGUCAAGAGGCGCUUGAUGGAGUAAUCGGCGGAGUCGAGACACCGACAGGUUUCUCAGAGAGAUCAGCAGACACUUCAAGUUCAAAUAAGGCAUGCGAAUUAGGGGCUCUUACAACUUUAGCCAGCCUAGCAACUGGCAGAAAGAAGAUGUCGGAUCCCAAGUCCAUGGCGGAUACAUCCAUCGAAUAUGAAGAGACUGCUUCUAAUUCUUCUCAAUCUGCAUCUUCAUCCAAAUCUAAGUCAUCUACUCCAGAGAAAUUACAAUCAAGAAAGUCACCAUGCAAGCCAGAGACGAAAGCAAUGGCUGAGUGGCUCGAGACUGAAAAGGAGAGGCUUUCCCUGAAGCGACAGAAGAUUGAUGAACAAGUUAGACACAACACAAGAAUGGAGGAGCUAGCAGCAGAACGGCUCACUGUGGAAAAGGAGAAGAGAGAUAUGCUCAGGUUCCUCAUAACAACCUUUUCUAGUACCACAAAUACCGUCCAGUUACUUCCUGCAAAUUAUAUCUGAAAUCAUCAACGGAUCAUCAGAACUCAGGAGUAUUCAGCACUUUUAACUCCAAAUUCUGUGAUGUCAAUUUGCAAUCAGCAUGUCACCCAAUAGACUAUAUACUUUCAACCAGCGACUUAUUAGAAACACAUAAAUUAAGAGGGAUCUAUCUUACAUGUUGGAUCAGCUUGGUUGACUCAAACUUGACUGUAUGUGAGUUUAGUAAGUAUUACAAUUGUGGGGUAGCUGUGCUUUUUAUAUGUAAUGUUUUGAAAUAGAUCAUAAAGAAUUUGAUUAUAAAAUCAUUCCCUAUAAAGUGUACAUAAAUUGUUACAGAAAAAUAAAACAAGCACAUUGCAGGAAAUGUAAUCAAAUUGGACGUACAUGUAAAUUUUAAUCUUAUUGCUCUAAAGUUUGGUAUAAUUUCAAAAGAGUGUUGUACAACACGACUAAUGUGCAAACAAAGCGUGGAAUGUCAUGGCCCAGUGGAUUUGUCUCCGGACUUUGAAACAAAGGGUCAUGGGUUCGAAUCACAGCCAUGGCGUAAAUUCCUUCUGCACUUGAC